AUGGCGGAUGGUAAUGCUCAGCAGGAACUAGGGGAUCGGUUGGUGGAGCUACUGGACCUCAAGGCGGAGGUGAAAGAUGCCCAUGAUGAACUCCGACGACUUCGAAGGAAACGACGAAGAAAUUGGACAGAUGAUGAAGUUGAAUCAUCAUUGACCUUACCAGCGUCAAUUGUUGAACUGGAGAAGUCUAUCGCCGAUGUGACAGAAGAGUUAGGAAGUCCGGAAUUCCGCCGCCUUCGUGCAUCAACUGGUAAAAAAGCAGAGGCUCUGAUACGUGUGCGCCUUGCCAAGAUGAAGCUAUAUGAAGCCAAAGUGGGUAUUGUAGAGGCUCAAAAGAAGUGGGAUAAGUACGCUGAAGGAACCAAAGCUCAACAGGGUAUGAAAACUCUGAUGACGAAAAAACAGUUGAUGUUCAAACGCAAAUGGACUUCAUAUGAAGAUCAAGUCUCACUAUACAACCGAAUCCGCCCUGAUAAUUUCUGGAAUGUAGGUGCGCUUACACAUCCCACGGAGAAAUGGGCUGUGAAUGCGCAAACCAUUGAAGGCAUACAAGCUUUUUUGCAACAGCGGAGUUGUUGUGAAUUAGAGCUUAGAAGGAUUGGAAGGGAGGCUCAGCAGAUGGUUCACCAAGCACUGAAUAUGGAAUUAAAAUUUGAUGGUUUACUAGCUUUGUGUAGUGGUGAUUAUGAUCCUGAAGGAGGUGGAAAGGAGCUAAUUGAAUUAGUUCAGCCCUGUCAGCGCAUCUCAAAGGAUGUUUGGGAGGUGAAUUUGGGGGUUUUGAAAGCGCUUCACAGCAAUCUUUGUCAGAAGCAUUAUGGGACAUGGAUGAAUUGGGAUGGAAAUAUUGUGGAGUUAUUAAGAAGAACUUAUCGCCACACAAUGGUGACAGAGCAAGAGAUUAAUACAUUGAUUCAGCGCUGGAGGAGUUUGGUGGGUAGGGAUUUUGAGCAAAAUAUGCUUCACGGGGAAGAUGAAAAUGAUUUUGGGGAAGAGCUAGGUGGAAUGGUAGAUCAGCUCUUCAUCCAUGAUGAUGAAGAUAAUGAUGAAUGGGAGGGUAUUGUGGAUGAUGAUAAUAUGAAUAGCUAG